UGUGGUGCCUCGGUCAAGUUUAAUUUUACUCGGUGCUUGUUCGAAGCGCAUAAUAUUGCAAAAUCGACGUCGUAGGUCUUUUGCUUUCGUCUCUAAAAUGUGAAUGGAGAGUCCUCCGACGGGCACCAUGUACACGGUCGUGGACUUGGACGUGGACGAGGGCCCCGGUCUGAAGGCCGUGGAAGGCCUCAAAAUUCUGCACGAUGAAAUCAAUUCCGUGUUGGAAGAGUAUGAGCAGAAGAUCCGUGACAGGUGCCCUUGGAAAGAGGGUGGCUGGCUUCGUGAUGCGCUCCACUUUUCAAGUCCUAACUCCACUUUGUGUUGGACCUCAGCAAUUACACUAAUCGUUUGUGGCCUUGUCCUCAUCGUUGCUGCAAUCUUUCAUGAGGACUCAAGCUACAACUGCUCUUUUCUGCAAGGCAUUUUCAUCAUCCUUCUGGUCGCCGCCAAUGUUGCAAUGGUCUCCUGGGAUUCGUGGCUCCGGCACAUGGAAAUCCCUCAGCAGAUCCGGUCUCUGCUGGAUCAAGUUCAAAACUGUAUUGAUUCAGAUGACUGGAAGGAAAAUCACUUUCCUCAGCUGUGCUGUCCUUACUCGCCUUGCAUUACCCUUCAGUGGACCAUCAGAGAUGGUAAAAUCAUCAACUUGCCCUGGGCUUUGCUGGUCAAAGGAGAUUUGGUCGAGAUGCGGCCAGGCCAGCAGGCACCUGGCCUCUGCACUCCAGCUGACGGUGACCCCGACUCCCCUGACCUACAAGCCAGAGAAGUCUACUCACCUAAAGUGAAAAACUCGCCAGCUGAAGAAGAAGAUGAGUUGACAACACCUAAAAUCAGGCGCCCUCUUCAAAGCAAGCGUUACAUUCUCCAGGAAACGCCGUACCUGACCAACCUUAAACUUGCGUUGGACAGCGCCCUGACGCGUCCUGAUUCCUACCAUAAUAAACUGAAGCACCUGCUCAUGAGUACUAUAUCAGAAAAAUUCUUCAUCCCCAUAUUUUUGGUACUUGUUUUCUUCAUGGGACUUUUGAGAUACUUCUAUUUGGAACCCUGGAUUGGUUCCGGUCACUGGACGGAAAUGUUCCUCAUCCAGCCAGUGGCUGUUUGUCUUCCGCUGCUACCAUUGAUAUUUCCUCUUUCGUGGACCAUUUUGAACUGCAUGGGUGUUGCGCAGAUUCAGUCGCUUUUCCAAAAGUCGAGAGGAACGGAGGGAGCAUUUAAUGCAGAAUGGAAAACUGAAGUGUCAACGCACAGCCCUUGUGGGGUUGCAGCAGAUCCGUUUGACGAAUCGGAAGAUGAACUUCGGCCGUACAUCACUUGGAGAGAGCGUUGGCCACUAUUUGUGGCCUGCUUACGUGGUCAGAGUGGGAUGCCAUGUAGAUCGGCCAAUUUACUCCAUGUUUUGGGUUCUGUCACUGCCUUAUGUUGCGUGGACAAAAAAGGCAUCUUGUCAUGGCCAAAUCCUACUGCUGAAAAAGUUUUUUUCCUCAGAAGCUCCUCGAAGGCCAGUUGUUCAUCCAGCAACGAGAGCUUGAAGAAAGAGGAAAGUGAAAAAACAACAGCUGAAGAAGAGCAAGAUGGAAAUUCUGAAAAUUCCAAAGAGUCAUCAAAAGGAAAAGAAACAGAGAAGGUUUCUAAAGUAAUAGAGCAAGAUGCAAAAGUGAAUGCCAAGGAGAUCCAAACAGAGACUCUUGACCCAGAAGAGUUGGAAAGUGCCAGACACACCCCACAAACAGUUGCAGAAGUUCUUGACCUCACUCACGACCAUUCCAGUCCUUUCCGACUGCACUUUGAUGACCCCAGCUGGCGGAAGCACCUCAACUCGUUAAAGCCUCUUGGUCUUUCCAUCUUGCUGAACACUUGCAACAUGUCUACCCAGGAACACUAUACUCAGUUUUGCUCACAUGUAACCUGUGAAGCGAUGCAUUCUGAGCACCUCGUGCCUGUCACCAAUCGGAGGCACCCUAAAUACACAGGAGAGAUGACUGUCCUUCCAGGCACCAAUAAGUGCCUCUGCGAAUUGGCCAAACAAAUUGGAUUCCAAGAGCAAGCCCAGGAGGCUUUUUCGCUGGAACAGCAGCUCUCAACCUUCAGACACGUUCAGCCGGAAACAGUUCGAAGAGACAUUAAAUUUGCUAGGUCACUCUCUCUAGCCAAACUCAAGUUUCCUUUUCCUCACAUGGUGGCUGUGGUUGUCAAGGAAAAUCACGGUGGAAACCUGCAGCUUUUGUCCCAAGGAACAGCUGAUAUUAUUCUAGACUCUUGUGAAGAGUUUUGGGACGGACGGGACUUGUGCACCCUGUCCCAAAGCGACAGGCGAAAGGUUCAGGAUUUUUAUCAGAGGACGAGUUUAACAGCCUACUGCACUGCAUUUGCUUAUCGGCCGUUGACCAGAGCUCCUGACACACACCUGUCCCACAUGUACCUGGAGCUUCCGUCAGAUAGCAAAUCUUUGUAUGCAACACAUGCUCAUCACACAGAAACUUCACUCGACUGUGCCUCGAGUGUCAAGUCGGUCGAGUCCAUUCCAAAACAGCUCUCAAGAGCAGAUGACUGUUUCCAAUUGCAGUGCAAUCAGGUUUUUGUCGGAAUGGUCACCAUGCAAUAUCAGGCCCAGACGGACAUGGUGCAACUAAUCGAGCAGCUGGAGCGGGCAUGCAUUAGAUUUGUACACUUCAGCAAAGAAAAUGAACUGCGGUCCAGAGUAUUUUCAGAGAAAAUGGGUCUUGAAAGUGGGUGGAAUUGCCACAUUUCCCUUUUGAGUGAACGGGCAGGUUCCGAGAGUGGAAACUCCGGUAGUUGGCAUAACUCGCCAAGUGCGGUUAACUUGCAGUCUACUAGUGGUCCCACCCCUAGAGACUCGUCUCACACUAGUCUUCCUCGUUAUGCUCCCACCCCACCUCGAAAGAGACACGAAUCCACCAUCGAAGAAACCGAAACUGAAAGUCUAAUUCGCGAAAGGCCACUAGGUGAAGAAACAAAAACCAUGAGCCUAUCCGCCCCUAGCGCAAUCAAUUUAGACUUUUACCAAGUGAAAUUCGACGCCGAGGACUUGAACAAACCCUCUGACGGAAAUGCCCUAAGAAGGGAUACUAUAAUGAGUGACAAGAAAGGCAGCAAAGACAGCAUGUUUGUGCAAAGCGUCGAUCUGACUUCGCAGCCAGACCCUUGUCGGUCGCUGUCUGUUCUCACGGACUCGACAGAGCAGAGUGCACCUGUCAAUUUUGACAUGUCCAACAGGGCAAAAUUACCCAGGGGUAUUGAGAAUAUUCGACCUCACUUGAGACACAUUGACAAUGUUCCCCUGUUGGUUUCCCUCUUCACUGACUGCACCCCAAUGGCUACUCGGGAGAUGCUGUCAAUUAUGCAAGAGCAUGGCGAAGUUGUGUGUGCCAUGGGCAGUUCAGCAAAUGCAGACAACAUGCCAAUUUUCAUGCAAGCAGACGCUAGUAUGGCAGUUGAACCACUUUAUCCACAAGUUUGCCAACGAAUAUCUGUUUUUUCACCGUACACCACUCUUAAAGAUGGAAUAUCCCCGAUCGAGUUGAGUCGGAUAUUGAACUCGGUCUCGUGUUCAGUGAGCUUUAUCAGAGAAGAACCUAUUUCAAUAUUUCACCUUAUUAUGGAGUGCCGGCAUUACAUGCAGUGUUUGACUAACUGCCUUCAAUUUUGGUUGAGCUCAAGUGUUGCAGUUAGCAUUAUCCAGGUUGUAGCAAUCGUCAGUCUUCUUCCGCCACUUUUCACUAUUGGCCAAAUUUUGUGGCUCCAGUGCGUUGUGAUCCCUAUCCUAGCACUGUCCUUAAUUGGAAAGCCAACUGACACACAAAUCAUGCAACGAGCUACAGGAAAAAAUCAAUUUCUGAUAAAUACCGAUACAAUAUUUUUUGUUGCGUGGUUUUACGGAAGUAAAUUCAUCCCUGCUGGCAUCGUGCUGCUAAGCCUGUACACGGCUGCCUUAUCAAAGCUGUGUCCCCUCCUAAAUGGAGUGGAAAUCUGCUCCCUAGUUUACCCAGAAGUGUCUCUGAACCGAACAGAGAGCGUCCUUUGGCAAGGAUGGGGCACAAAUCUGUCUUCGCUCACCGCCCUUCAGCAUGCCACCUGCUUGCUGUGGGUCAUCCACCUCAUUGUGAUUUCAAUCAGCUUUGUCCACAGGGACAGUCCAAUCUGGAGAGAAAAUCCUUUGCGCAACCGUUUAUGGGGUCUUUCAGUCCUCCUUUUGACAUUACUACAAUUUGCAUUUUCUGCCAUUGCUAUGGGACCCCGAUUGGCUACCGAGGACGAAGACUUGCCUCCAGGUCUUCAGCAAGUGCCAUGGCCCAUCUACCUGUUAGCCGCCAUAUCCCCAUUUGUCGUAUUCCUAAUCAACGAGCUUGUCAAACUUCAAGAGAUUAAAGCAAGCGUGAGACAACAAAAGAAGGCACGCCUCGAAUUUGGUACAAAGCUGGGUAUGAACUCGCCAUUCUAAAGUGGUCUGCAUAGGGCUGAAUAUUUUUCAACCCUUCAGCCUGAAAGUCAUUACAUGUUCUUUCAUCUUUUUAAUUUUAGUUCAAGCCUCGUUUAUUAUUCUGUGACAAGCAUUUCUAAGAUAUCGUGCUAGUGUGUUUAAAAAUUUGACAGGCUCUACAUAUAAUAACUGGGUGGAUCCAGGAAUGAUUUGGGUGUGAUUGUUGAUGAAAAGUUACCAUUUUGAAAUUCAUGUAUGUUGUUGGGGUUGGAAAAAGGUGCUUCCUCCUAAAUUUUCAGCUAAAAAUAUUGGGUGCUUUUCCGGGAAAUCAGAUUUUUCCAAAAACACUAAAAUACCAAUAUCUCUGCUCCUACUAAGAAUAAACGUAUGCUCUUUUCACGUUCAGACGUAACUUUUUACGCCCGACAACUUUGCCACUGACAAAUUUUGCAUAGGUCAAAGGUCAAGGUCACUAAAUUACAAAUUUCACUUUUAAACGCAAUUUACGCAAAGAAGCACCCCUCAGAUUUUUUUUGCAGUAUAGGAAAAAAUGUAGCCCCAAGUGUGUAGAACAAAAUACCUGAUUUUCAGAAUGGUAACUUUUACUGUUUAAUUUAUAAUACUAACUAAAUAUUAAAAAACAGUAAAAAAUCGCUUUUCCGCAAUAGAAAUUAAUUUUCAACCAGCGAUAACUCUGUUUCUGUUACAGAAACGACAAAAUGUGUAAUGACAAAAAGUGUUUGUCUUGACUUUUUGCAUCCAACCAUGUAUCAGUCAAGAAGGUCGGGUCACCUAAGGUCAUUGACCUCGGUGACCUGUGACCUUUAAACACGAUUUUGCUAAUUUUUGAAAUUAUUUUUCAAAAUUUAAAUGGGUUUUAUUAUUUCCUACACAGAAAACUUGCAAAAUCGUGUUUAAAGGUCACAGGUCACCGAGGUCAAUGACCUUAGGUGACCUGACCUUCUUGACUGAUACAUGGUUGGAUGCAAAAAGUCAAGACAAACACUUUUUGUCAUUAUACAUUUUGUCGUUUCUGUAACAGAAACAGAGUUAUCGCUGGUUGAAAAUUAAUUUCUAUUGCGGAAAAGCGAUUUUUUACUGUUUUUUAAUAUUUAGUUAGUAUUAUAAAUUUAACAGUAAAAGUUACCAUUCUGAAAAUCAAGUAUUUUGUUCUACACACUCGGGGCUACAUUUUUUCCUAUACUGCAAAAAAAAUCUGAGGGGUGCUUCUUUGCGAAAAUUGCGUUUAAAAGUGAAAUUUGUAAUUUAGUGACCUUGACCUUUGACCUAUGCAAAAUUUGUCAGUGGCAAAGUUGUCGGGCGUAAAAAGUUACGUCUGAACGUGAAAAGAGCAUACGUUUAUUUAUAGUAGGAGCAGAGAUAUUGGUAUUUUAGUGUUUUUGGAAAAAUCUGAUUUCCCGGAAAAGCACCCAAUAUUUUUAGCUGAAAAUUUAGGAGGAAGCACCUUUUUCCAACCCCAACAACAUACAUGAAUUUCAAAAUGGUAACUUUUCAUCAACAAUCACACCCAAAUCAUUCCUGGAUCCACCCAACUAUGAUUGAAUUUCCAAAUCAGUUCCUUUAAACGAAGUUUUAUGCAAAGAAAGACACUAUAUUUAUAGCGUUAAUUUAGCGAAUUAGAAAUUUUGCUUCUUUUAGCAAUGCAACUUGUCCUAUAUUUUUAAUUCCUCAUUGUAGUCAACAAAUUGUGUUAUUUCAAAGGAAUAUAUUUGACAAAAUGACUAUUUUAAAAAUCGCCAACAAUAUAUUUAUGUGUACCGCGUGAAAUCAAACUUGUAUAUUUAUCUCCUUGUAAAACUCUGUCCUAAAUGUGCAUUUCAUAAUUCUCAGAAAAUAUACACACCAUAUGUACAAAAAAGUUUGUUUAUAGACU